AGAUGCCACGUAAUAGCUAUUACGGCAGAGCUUACAACUUUGUAAUAGAACAACCUAAGUUACUGUACCUUGACUCGAUAUCCACAUCUACUAUUGUACGCAGAAUUCCUCUUCACAUUCUUCAGCGUGCUUUUAUGAUCUAUGUGGCUGCUCCACAAUCGACUGUUGACACUAUAAUUGCAGAAAUGGAUCAGCCAGUGGCUUCAUUGGGGCAAAGUAUAUUGGACAUUUCUGUUGUAAACAGGGACGAAUCUUAUUGCAACAUAAUCGUCCUACAUGUGGAAGGCACGUGUAAGGUUUAUGUGUUCGGAAGAGGUCAUGGUUACAAUGCAUUACUAAUACAAGUGGCUUCUGUAUAUGCUGGAAAAGAAGCGACGAGUAUUGCUGCAUUUAGUUUUCACAAGAAAGAGGUUCAUAUAGCAGUUGCGAGGAAAUUUCCUUCGUCGUAUACCCAAGGUUCAUCUCUAUUGUUCAAGCUUGGCAACCGAAAUAUUGAACUGGUACAACAGAUAGCAGCGCCAGCUAGUGACAAUGUCGUAUAUUUUCAACAUGGUCCGAAACACUAUCUGGCCUUUACCAAUGCUAUUUCUGUUCACGAAGCUCUAGAACCAAAUUCUGUUCAGGUCUAUCGCAGCUGCGACUGUCUUGAAAUCUUAUUCCGGCUCCAUCAGAAAAUAUUCUUUGACAACCCCAAAUCUCUAGAAGUCUUCACGUUGGGUAGGCUGCACGAGCUUUACAUGAUUAUUUCAAACUCGACUGUAGUUGAAUUCUAUCAUCUUCAAGGAGAAAGUGGUUUUGUCACUAAUACAACUCUUGUGAGAGAAGAUAUAAGGGAUGUGAAACCCUUCGUUGCCCAUGGUAACCUAUAUGUUGCAAUAGCUCAAGGAGAGAUUGCCAAAAGUUCAACAGUUCUUAAAGCUGAGAUGAAGGGUUCCACAGUACCACCACGCCUCUUAACACUCUGGCCAUAAGGAUUGAAAUUUCAGGAUUUUAUAUUCAGUUUUCGUUACUUUGGAUAUUUUUUUUUAAUAUAAUAACUACUUAAUCUUGCUUUA